CCUCAGCACUUCCAUCACCAUGAGGGCGACAGUGGCAGCUCUCCUCCUGUGUCUUGUGGUGGCAGCAUGCCGCAGCCAGGAGACUCCACCUGGCCCUCCUGGACCAACUGAAGGGCCACAACCAACUGGUCCACCAGGCCCACCAACUGGAGGUCCUGAACCAACAGGUCCACCUACUGGGGGUCCUCAACCAACUGGACCACCAGGCACCCCUACUGGAGGUCCUGAACCAACUGGAGGACCCCAGCCAACUGGUGAACCGCAGCCUACAGGACCACCAGGGCCACCCUCUGGAGGACUUUGGCUUUUUUGACUUGGUGGACUCUGAUGGUUGACAUUAUUGCAGCUGUUAAACAUCAAGAGAGUUCAAACUUGAUAUCUAGAAUUAACUGGAUAUGACUUUACUGAUGGAACUGUUCUGUGAAUAGCUUUGUAAAAUUUUUGUCAUUAAAUGAGCAUCUCAAAAUCUC